AGCUUUUGCCUGGUGGAAGAUGAACUGGCAGCGACUGUGGCUGGGUUUCCUACUGUCCAUGACAGUCUCAGGCCGGGCCCUUGGGCCUGCAGAGAAGGAGACGGCUGUGAAUUAUCUGCUGCAAUAUGGGUACCUACAGAAACCUCUAGAAGGGCCUGAUGACUUCAAGCCAGAAGACAUUACAGAGGCUCUGAGAAUUUUUCAGGAAGCUUCUGAGCUGCCAGUCUCAGGUCAGUUGGAUGAUGCCACAAAGGCCCGCAUGAGGCAGCCCCGCUGUGGCCUAGAAGACCCCUUCAACCAGAAGACUCUUAAAUACCUGCUGCUGGGUCGCUGGAGGAAGAAGCACCUGACCUUCCGCAUCUUGAACCUGCCUUCCACCCUUCCAUCCCACAUAGCCCGGGCAGCCUUGCUUCAAGCCUUCCAUUAUUGGAGAAAUGUGGCACCCCUGACCUUCCGGGAGGUGCAGGCUGGUUGGGCUGACAUCCGCCUGUCCUUCCAUGGCCGCAAAAGUCCAUAUUGCUCCAAUACCUUUGAUGGGCCUGGGAGGGUCCUGGCUCAUGCUGACAUCCCAGAGUUGGGCAGUGUGCAUUUUGAUGAAGAUGAACUCUGGACUGAGGGAACCUACCGGGGAGUGAACCUGCGAAUCAUUGCAGCCCAUGAACUAGGCCAUGCCCUGGGGCUUGGACACUCACGGUAUACCAAGGCCCUCAUGGCACCUGUUUAUACUGGUUACCAACCCAACUUCAAACUGCACCCGGAUGAUAUAGCAGGCAUCCAGGCUCUCUAUGGCAAGAAGAACCCAGAGAUAACGGAUGAGGAAGAAGAAGAAACAGAGGAGCCCUCUCUACCUCCAGUGCCAACAGAGCCCAGCCCCAUGCCAGACCCUUGCAGUGGUGAACUGGAUGCCAUGUUGCUGGGGCCCCGUGGGAAAACCUAUGCCUUCAAGGGGAACUAUGUGUGGACCGUAACAGAUUCAGGGCUGGGUCCCUUGUUUCGAGUGUCUGCCCUUUGGGAAGGGCUCCCAGGACACCUGGAUGCUGCUGUAUACUCUCCCCGAACACAAUGGAUUCAUUUCUUUAAGGGAGACAAGGUGUGGCGCUACAUUAAUUUCAAGAUGUCUCCUGGCUUUCCCAAGAAGUUGAAUAGGGUAGGACCCAACCUGGAUGCAGCUCUUUAUUGGCCUCUCAACCAAAAGGUGUUCUUAUUUAAGGGCUCCGGAUACUGGCAGUGGGAUGAACUGGCCCCAACUGACUUCAGCAGCUACCCGAAACCAAUCAAGAGAUUGUUUACAGGAGUGCCAGACCAGCCCUCUGCUGCAAUGAGUUGGCGGGAUGGCCGAGUCUACUUCUUCAAGGGCAAGCACUACUGGCGUCUCAAUCGGCAGCUUCGAGUAGAGAAAGGCUAUCCCAGAGAUAUUGCUCAGAACUGGAUGCACUGUCGCCCCCAGGCUGCAGGCACUACCCCAUCAGGUGGGGAAACUGCUCCCUUGGCAACAGGUACUGAUCACUCAGCCAUAGGCACAACCUUAGAUACCAUUGACUCAGUCAUAGGUACUACCUCGAACACUGACCACUCACCCACAAUCAUGGACACUAUCCCUUCUGCCACAGGUCCUGACACCCUUUCAUUACUUGGUGAUAACAUCACCUUUCCAGAGACCUAA